GCGGAGGUGGGGCCGGGCUUGGCUCCGCGAGGCCCGUGCAUUCCAGAGAGCCGAGCGAGCUAGAGCAACAAAGGAGCCGGGGAGUCGGUGGGGAGAAGUCGGGGGUCUGCGGCGCGCUCGGGCGAAGGUGGCGGCUGGGCCGCGGGGCUGGCGCAGAGGCGAAGCCGGGGAGCUAUCCCCCACCGCCUGCCCGCGCCUGGCCUCCAUCGCGGGGCUGGAAGAUAGUUUUAAGAGGGAAUGGGGCUGGAGAUUGGGGGCCCAGGGGGCUCCCGGGGCUGAAGACAACUUGGAUUGCCCGGAGAAAGAGUAGGGAGUUGUGCAUCCCGGCCGGGGCCUCCGCCGCCCAACAUGGGCCCCGGGUUCCAAAGUUUGCGAAGUUGGGCGCCGAGGGCCCGCGGCUCGCGGAGCGUGCGAGGGGGCCCGGCACCGGAUUCGCCGGGCGCACAGGUCGCCUGAGCCACAUCCGCGGCCCCAAGGGUUGCGUGUGUGGCCGGGGGGCUCCGGGGAGCGGGCGGGGGCGCCGGGGCUUCUGCUGAGUUGGCGGGUUUGGCCAUGGCCGCUGCCCGCCUCGCACUGGGGCCAGGGAUCCUGCUCCUGGGGCUGCUGCUGCUGCUGCUGCUGGGGGGCCCUGGCCGGGGGGCGGCCUUGAGCGGGAACGCGACUGGGCCUGGGCCGCGGAGCGCGGGCGGGAGCGCGAGAAGGAGCGCGGCCGUGACCGGCCCUCCGCCGCUGCUGAGCCACUGCGGCCGGGCAGCCCCCUGCGAGCCGCUACGCUACAACGUGUGCCUGGGCUCGGCGCUGCCCUACGGGGCCACCUCCACUCUGCUGGCCGGGGACUCGGACUCCCAGGAAGAAGCGCACGGCAAGCUCGUGCUCUGGUCGGGCCUCCGGAACGCCCCCCGCUGCUGGGCAGUGAUCCAGCCCCUGCUGUGUGCUGUGUACAUGCCCAAAUGCGAGAAUGACCGGGUGGAGCUGCCCAGCCGCACCCUGUGCCAGGCUACCCGAGGCCCCUGUGCCAUUGUGGAGAGGGAGCGUGGCUGGCCUGACUUCCUGCGCUGUACCCCUGACCACUUCCCCGAGGGCUGCCCGAAUGAGGUGCAGAACAUCAAGUUCAACAGUUCGGGCCAGUGUGAGGCUCCCUUGGUUCGGACCGACAACCCCAAGAGCUGGUAUGAGGACGUGGAGGGAUGUGGGAUCCAGUGCCAGAACCCGCUGUUCACUGAGGCCGAGCACCAGGACAUGCACAGCUACAUCGCGGCCUUCGGCGCAGUCACAGGCCUCUGCACGCUCUUCACCUUGGCCACAUUUGUGGCUGACUGGCGGAAUUCGAAUCGCUACCCUGCUGUUAUUCUCUUCUAUGUCAAUGCGUGUUUCUUUGUGGGGAGCAUCGGCUGGUUGGCCCAGUUCAUGGACGGUGCCCGCCGGGAGAUCGUCUGCCGUGCAGAUGGAACCAUGAGGCUCGGGGAGCCCACCUCCAAUGAGACCCUGUCCUGCGUCAUCAUCUUUGUCAUCGUGUACUACGCCCUUAUGGCUGGUGUCGUCUGGUUUGUGGUCCUCACCUAUGCCUGGCACACCUCCUUCAAAGCCCUGGGCACCACCUAUCAGCCUCUCUCCGGCAAGACCUCCUACUUCCACCUGCUCACGUGGUCACUCCCGUUUGUCCUCACUGUGGCAAUCCUUGCCGUCGCCCAGGUGGAUGGGGACUCUGUGAGCGGCAUCUGUUUUGUGGGUUACAAGAACUACCGAUACCGUGCAGGCUUCGUGCUGGCCCCGAUCGGCCUGGUGCUCAUUGUGGGAGGCUACUUCCUCAUCCGAGGAGUCAUGACUCUGUUUUCCAUCAAGAGCAACCAUCCCGGGUUGCUGAGUGAGAAGGCUGCCAGCAAGAUCAACGAGACCAUGCUGCGCCUCGGCAUUUUUGGCUUCCUGGCCUUUGGCUUUGUGCUCAUCACCUUCAGCUGUCACUUCUACGACUUCUUCAACCAGGCUGAGUGGGAGCGCAGCUUCCGGGACUAUGUGCUGUGCCAGGCCAACGUGACCAUCGGGCUGCCCACCAAGAAGCCCAUUCCUGACUGUGAAAUCAAGAAUCGCCCCAGCCUCCUGGUGGAGAAGAUCAACUUGUUUGCCAUGUUUGGAACCGGCAUUGCCAUGAGCACCUGGGUCUGGACCAAGGCCACGCUGCUCAUCUGGAGGCGCACCUGGUGCAGGUUGACUGGGCAGAGUGAUGAUGAGCCCAAACGCAUCAAGAAGAGCAAGAUGAUCGCCAAGGCCUUCUCCAAGCGGCGUGAGCUGCUGCAGAACCCAGGCCAGGAACUCUCCUUCAGCAUGCACACUGUCUCCCACGACGGGCCUGUGGCGGGUUUGGCCUUUGACCUCAAUGAGCCCUCUGCCGAUGUGUCCUCUGCCUGGGCCCAGCAUGUCACCAAGAUGGUGGCUCGGAGAGGAGCCAUACUGCCCCAGGAUGUGUCUGUCACCCCUGUGGCAACUCCAGUGCCCCCAGAGGAAAAAGCCAACCUGUGGCUGGUUGAGGCAGAGAUCUCCCCAGAGCUGGAGAAGCGCCUGGGCCGGAAGAAGAAGCGGAGGAAGAGGAAGAAGGAGGUGUGCCCGCUGGUGCCACCUCCUGAGCUUCACCACCCUGCCCCUGCCCCUGCCCCUGCGGCCAGUGCUGUUCCUCGACUGCCUCAGCUGCCCCGGCAGAAGUGCCUGGUGGCCGCAGGUGCCUGGGGAGCUGGGGAAUCCUGCCGACAGAGAGCCUGGACCCUGGUCUCCAACCCUUUCUGCCCAGAACCCAGUCACCUGCAGGAUCCAUUUCUGCCCAGUGCCCCAGUUCCCACGGCGGCCUGGGCUCAGGGCUGCCGGCAGGGGCUGGGGCCCAUUCACUCCCGCACCAACCUGAUGGAGGCAGAGCUCAUGGAUGCAGAUUCAGACUUCUGAGCCCGGAGAGCGGGACCUGGGAUAGGAAAGAGCAGCAAAUACCAUUCUGAGGUUCUUCAUCCUCCCUGAGAGUGCUUCCCCAGGAUCUUGUCUUCCAGAGCACCUGAGGGUGCAGUGCCCUCCCAGGAGGGCUCUAUGUGUCUGUCUCAGGGCAGCAGGACUGUGGGAAAGGGCCCUGACAUCUCCACGGGCAGGCCUCAUCCAGGGAAGGACCCUGGAGCUCAGGGUCCUUGUUUCUGCCCCACCAGCUGGAGUCUGGCUGGCAGUAUCCAUGUGCAGCAGGGUCAUGAGAUCUGCAGAGCUUGGGGGCUGGGGGGGCUGGGGGGGCAGUGAUGGUGGAGGCAGGGGUGACAGUACCCAGAGUGGCCUGUGGUAGCCAAUGAGGCAGCCAGGCCCAUACCUGGCAGAUGAGGGCUGGCUGCCCUUCUCUGUGCCAGUGGAUGCCCUUUUCUGGCACUCUCAGACCAAAUGUGUUUAUUGUGUCAUUAGUCCUUUGUCUAGGUGGGGACGGGGCUCCCUUCUCCCUCUUCCAGGUGGUUGUGGAGCUGGAAGUGCCUAUUCCCGUAGGGGCUAUAACCUCUCUUCACAGGCGCCCGGUUGGCCCGACCCCAGGCCAGUAGCCCGUCCUGUGUGCUCCUGUACCUUCCUUUCCCUUUCCCAUUUCAGUGCAACCAGGCCAACCUCUUCCUGUUUCCCUGUUCGUUGAUUAGGACCCAGAACUGCUGCAUGCUCCAUCCCUCCCCCAUCCCCCACCCUUUUGAUGCUGGCUGCAUCUCCAGGGGAGAGACUGGUUCAGCUAUAGAGCCUGGCGUGGUGUAGAAGCGUGUUAUCUCUUCCUCCCGUCCAUCCAGUGGGGGGUGGAUCCUCUGACUUGAGGGGCUAACCUGGGAGGCUGCUGGAGCUUCAGCCAGGCAGGAACGCUUCCUUCAACUUCCACAACUGCUGGGUGAGGAGAUUCCCACCUCUCAUAACCCCUAACUAUGUCUCCAAGGCCCCAAUUUCAAGAGCCAGACAGCAGGAAGCCUUAGGAGCUGGCUGGGUUCCAGAUCGGGGAUAGGGAUGGGGAGAAGAAAUAUAAACAGUAAAUAAAAGGUUUUUGUAUAAA